AUGGACAGGGAUCUGAAUGAUGAGGACAAUGUUGUGGACCUCUGCUUUGAGGCUGAGGGUCCCCUGGCACCCCCAGCUGAACUCCUGGAGAGGCUUCCCAGCUAUGACUGCCUUUUUCAAGGAGGUGGACAGCAAAUAUUCUUCCCACCUUUGGAGACCCCACUGAGACCCCAGGGACAAAGGUGCUGGUCCUCGUUCCUGGAACACAGAAUCCCUGUGGUGACAGAGGAGGUGGCGCGUGAGGCCCUCCUGAGCUUCGUGAACUCGAAAUGCUGCUAUGGCAGCUCAGCUGCCAGUGACAUCAUCAUCCAGGAGCUGAAGCAGCAGACCCUGUGCAGGUAUCGACUGGAGACUUUCAGCGAAUCCAGGAUAAGUGAAUGGACAUUUCAACCCUUUACCAACCACUUAGUAGAUGGACCACGAAGAGGGACCUCCCCCAGGCUUUGGGACUUCAAGGUCCAGGUCCCUCCGAUGUUUCAAGAAGACACCAGGAAGUUCCAGGUUCCUCACUCAUCAGUGGUCAAGGAAUGCCACAAAUGCCGUGGGCAUGGGCGCUACAAGUGCAGCGGCUGCCACGGGGCCGGCAUGGUGAGGUGCCCUUCCUGCAGCGGAGCCAAGCGCAGAGCCAAGCAGCCGCGGAGGUGUCAGAUGUGCUCAGGCUCUGGCAGGCACAGAUGCAGCACGUGCUCAGGGAGGGGGAACAAGACCUGUGCCACCUGCAAGGGGGAAAAGAAACUGUUGCACUUCAUCCAGCUGGUCAUCAUGUGGAAAAACAGCCUGUUUGAGUUUGUGUCUGAGCACCGGCUGAACUGUCCCAUGGAGCUCCUAGCUAAAGCCAAAGGAGAAAACCUCUUUAAGGACGAGAAUACGAUGGUGUACCCCCUUGUCGACUUCCCCCUGCGGGAGAUCUCUCUGGCCUCCGAGCGGGGCAUUGCCCAGCACAGCGCCACCCUCGCCUCCAGAGCCCGUGUCCUUCAGCAGCGCCAGACCAUUGAGCUGAUCCCCCUCACAGAAGUUCAUUACUGGUACCAAGGAAAGACUAAUGUCUACUACAUCUACGGCACCGACCACAGGGUGUACGUGGUGGACUAUCCUGAGCGAUAUUGCUGCGGCUGCACCAUUAUCUGA